ACUUUGGCGUGUGGGGAAAGUCGCUGCCGGUUAGCUUAGCUUAGCUGGCUUCGUUUAUUCUUCAUUGUUUUAGGGUUAAAACAUUAAAAACGAGUUUGAAUCGACAGUUUGUAAUGUUUAGUAGUGGAAUAGUUUAAUAAAAGCGCGUUUAGCUGAGUGAAUAAGCAGCAACAGUCAGGGUUUAGCUCAGAAGCUAACAGCUAGGUUAUAGCUAUAGGUAUAACCUAGGUUAGCUUAGCUUAGUUAAAGUUAGCAACUACUUAAAGUAGUGGCAGCAAUAAAAUGCCAGUUUCCUCCAGGUAACCUGGAAUAAACGUACUAAUACCACUAUUAAAAAUGCACACUGCGGUAAGGAGGGUGGCGUGCAGCCGCUGGCUGAGCCUCUGUGAGCUGUCCUGGAGCGGCUGGAGGGCUGCAGACUCUGGAAGGACACUCAGCACCUCAGCCAGGAGGAGCACAGUGAUGCCCGCAUGGGUGAUUGAUAAAUAUGGCUCUGAUAACAGCGUGUUUAGAUUCACCCAAAACGCCUCAUUCCCCAUCAUACACUAUCCCAACGAGGUCAUUGUCAAGGUCCAUGCAGCUGGUCUCAACCCCAUUGACAUAAACAUGAGGGGUGGCUAUGGGGCUGCAACCUUGGCUAUGAAGCGUGAUCCUCUGAGCAUCAAAAAGGCUGGCAGCGAGUUCCCCCUGAUUUUGGGUCGUGACUUGUCAGGGGAGAUCAUGGAAUGCGGGCUGGACGUGUCCUACUUCAAACCAGGAGACGAGGUGUGGGCUGCUGUUCCUCCCUGGAAGCAGGGCAGUCUGGCUGAGUUUGUGGUGGUCAGUGCUAAUGAGGUGUCACACAAGCCUAAAUCACUGAGUCACGUAGAUGCAGCGUCCAUCCCAUACGUAGCGGCGACGGCCUGGUCUGCCCUCGUCAACACGGGUGGUCUCAACAAAGACAACUGUGCCAAGAAACGUAUUCUCAUUCUCGGGGGCUCAGGGGGAGUUGGAACCUUUGCCACACAGAUGAUUAAGUCAUGGGGUGGCCAUGUAACAGUCACGUGUUCCCAGAAUGCCGAGCAGCUCGUUAGGAGUGUUGGAGCUGAUGAUGUUGUGGACUACACUUCAGGGCCCGUAGAGACCAAGUUACAAGCUUUGGAAAAGUUUGAUUUGAUUCUGGAUAAUAUUGGUGGAGAGACUGAAAGCUGGGCCCUUGGCUUGCUCAAGCCCUGGUGUGGCGCUAAGUAUGUUACCUUGGUAACCCCUUUCCUGCGUAACACCGACCAACUGGGCAUCGCAGACGGGAUGAUGCAGACCGGAGUCACCAUAGCAACCAAGGCAAUAAAGCACUUAACAAAAGGUGUCCACUAUCGAUGGGGAUUCUUUGCUCCCAGUGGCCCCGCGCUGGACGACAUCAGUGAAAUGGUGGAUGCAGGAAAGAUCCGUGCUGUGGUGGAGGAGACGUUCUCGUUUGCUCAGGUGCCUCAAGCCUUUGAGAAACUGGAGAAGGGCCACGCCCGUGGAAAAACUGUAGUUACCGUUACCAGGGAACAGAAGGAGUGACCAUGGAAACAGGAAUGGGAGAAAUGGGACUGGACCCGCCCAUCGAUCCCGGCCGACGACAGGCUGAUCGCUCCAUCCGUCAGAACGAACUUCCGCCCCCUGAAGCUCAGCUUACAGAAGAGAGUGAUGGAGGGAAGAGAGAACUCCUGCUCCACAGAAGAAGAGAGAAGAAAAGCAGGAGAACAGAUGCUCACGAUUAGAACUGAACAUCACAUGCUUCUUCUGCAGAACAAUAAAACUGCCGUGCAGAUGGAUGACAAAAAUACAAGAUUCUCUUUCUUUA